AUGUCAGCGCUCAAGCCGCUCGCUCCCUGCCCGUGGAGCCAGCCGGGGAUGAUGGAUCCGCCAUACGCUGCCACGUGUACGAUCUACUCCGCGAAGCACGCCGCCACUGUCGGGCUGGCGGCGCCGAACGCGGCGAUAUCUGCAGCGUGGAAUAUGGCGGCGUCGGCUCUUUCACCGAAUGUGGCGGAGACGGCCAGUGCGCAGGAAGCUGCAGCAGCGGAGGGAAGGGCGACAGUGACGGAAACGGCGGAGGUUGCGGAAGGCGGGCUCGGAAAGGAGCUGGGGCGAGGCCAUUUCGGGGUGGUGCGGCUCUGCGAAGACAAGCGAACAGGGGAGAAGUUCGCAUGCAAGACCGUUCUCAAGUCGCAAAUAGCAACUCCCGAGGCCAUGCGCGAGUUGCGCGCGGAGGUGCUGAUUCCGCUGCUGUUGCAAGCAGCGCAGAGGAAAAAGCAGGCGCAAGAAUCGCGCGGGGAAGGAGAUGAGACACAACAGGACGCGAGGCAAGAGGCGGAAGCAGGGCGCAACGAAGGCUGGGACGUUACUGCGCGCGGAGAAGGAGCGGGGGAAGCAAUGCGCGAGGUAGAGGGGGAGCGGCGGAAUGGACUCUCCAACACCCAGCAAUAUCUGCAACUCGCAACAGCUGUGGCAAGGAUGCACGAGAUGGGAGUAGUGCACCGAGAUUUGAAGCCCGAAAACAUCCUCCUUACAAGCACAUCCCGUUACUCGGACAGCAACCUCUCCACCACGCACUUCUCCGACCGCAUGGACUCUGAAUCAACUUCAACCGCUGAACCCUCCCCGCCCUCGUUAUCAGCAGCCUCAUUAACAGCAAGUUUCCUCACAGUUAAGAUUGCUGACUUCGGGUUAGCGAGAGUCUUAAAACGAGGAUGCAGGCUGCAUGGGUUGGUGGGGAGCCCAUUCUACAUGGCUCCUGAGACUGUCAGAGGGAGGGAGUAUGGUCUCGAGGUGGAUGUGUGGAGUUUAGGUGUGAUAAUGUACACUUGCCUUUCUGGUACACUACCGUUUUUUGGUAAAAACCAGAAUGCAGUAUUUGCUGCAGUUUGCAGGGGAGAGGUGGAUUUGGAGACGGGCAGUCACUGGCCGUUGAUUUCGCACGAGGCAAAGGAUCUCAUCCGUCGGAUGCUGGAUGUGGAUCCCAAUCGACGGAUUGGAUCGAGUCGCAUCGUGCAUCAUCCAUGGUUCAAACGGGCGGGAGGUGUUUCGUUUGCAUCCCCUGGUGCGUUCCCGGAUCAGUGCUUGUUGACCGAGCCAUCCUUGAAUUUCCAAAGCCGGGCCGCCUUUCGGAAUCAGCAGGCGAAUUCCAUGGCGUCUGCUGCGCCGGCUGCCGCGGAGGAAUCCGCGUCGAAAGCGGCGGAGAAUGUCAGUCAGGAUCCAACGGUUAAGAGCGAUUGGGAGGUGGCACCGUGGGAUCGACACGCGGGGGUGCUGAAGAUGGCACGAUUCGACUACCGGCGGGAGGAGCUACUCCGAUCCGGAAAUGGCCGAGAGAAGAGCGCCACAUCAGAAGCGCUUUCCAUCCUCCCUAAGUCCGACUCAAAUAUAAUGAGUCUUCUCUCACUUACCCGUCCCUCCCCCGCUACCACCCCCCCCUCCGCCCCCUCUCCCCCGUGCCAGUACCUGCCUGCAGUGUGUGCGAGCGUGACUGAAGGGGAAGAGCUAGAGGCAGCGGAGGAGGGGAAACACGGAGCUGAUUCGAAUGUGGGGCUUGAAGGGAGUGCUGCGGCCAAGAGACAGAGAGUAGAGACGGGAGAGGAGAGGGGAGAGGAGGGGAAACUGAAGGGGGAAGAGGGGAAAGGGGAGGGGGAGGAGGAGGGGAAAGAGGAAGGGGGAACGAAGGAGGAAGGUAAUGCAGAGCGAAGCACAGUGGAAGAGGGGGAGGAUGGUGCAAAGGAUAAGGAGGAUAAGGCAGCGGCAGAAGAUUGUGAAAAGACAGUUAUGGAGACAGGGGAGGGUAAGGCAAUGAAGGUUAGCAAGGCAGAGCAGGAUGCGAGUGCAGCGGAAGACGCUCUUAAGGCCGGGCUAGGGGCGGUCAAGCUGGGCAGCAUGGGAAUAACUUUUCUGGCGCUGCCCGAGAAGGAAAAAUGUGUGCCGGGCAGCGAGGUGCCCUGCCCUGUGGAUGUUGUCGGGCAGAUUCUGAAGGUCAUCAAUGAGAAGAAGAGGAGCGGCCUCAAGUGCCUCAAAGUAGCGUUUCAGAUUCUGAAGGACAUCAAUGAGAAGAAGAGGAGUGGCCUCAACUUAUCCCCUCCCUCCCUUUCUCCCUCCCUCCCUUUCUCCCUCCCUCCCUCCCUCCCUCCCUCCCUUUCUCCCUCCCUCCCUUUCUCCCUCCCUCCCUUUCCUCCCUCCCUCCCUUUCCUCCCUCCCUCCCUUCCCUCCCUCCCUCCCUCCCUCCCUCCCUCCCUCCCUCCCUCCCUCCCUUUCUCCCUCCCUCCCUCCCUCCCUCCCUCCCUCCCUUUCUCCCUCCCUCCCUCCCUCCCUCCCUCCCUCCCUCCCUCCCUCCCUCCCUCCCUCCCUCCCUCCCUCCCUCCCUCCCUCCCUCCCUCCCUCCCUCCCUUCUCCCUCCCUCCCUCCCUCCCUCCCUCCCUCCCUCCCUCCCUCCCUCCCUCCCUCCCUCCCUCCCUCCCUUUCCUCCCUCCCUCCUCCCUCCCUCCCUCCUCCCUCCCUCCCUCCCUCCCUCCCUCCCUCCCUCCCUCCCUCCCUCCCUCCCUCCCUUCCCUCCCUCCCUCCUUCUCCCUCCCUCCCUUUCUCCCUCCCUCCCUCCCUUUCUCCCUCCCUCCCUCCCUUUCUCCCUCCCUCCCUCCCUUUCUCCCUCCCUCCCUCCCUUUCUCCCUCCCUCCCUCCCUUUCUCCCUCCCUCUUUUGCGCCCGCCCUCCCUUUCUCCCUCCCUCCCUCCCUUCCCUCCCUCCCUCCCUCUCCUCCCUCCCUCCCUCCCUCCCUCCCUCCCUCCCUCCCUCCCUCCCUCCCUCCCUCCCUCCCUCCCUCCCUCCCUCCCUCCCUCCCUCCUCCCUCCCUCCCUCCCUCCCUCCCUUUCUCCCUCCCUCCCUCCCUUCUCCUCCCUCCCUCCCUCCUUCUCCCUCCCUCCCUCCCUCCCUUCUCUCCCUCCCUCCCUCCUCCCUCCCUCCCUCCCUCCCUCCCUCCUCCCUCCCUCCCUCCCUCCCUCCCUCCCUCCCUCCCUCCCUCCCUCCCUCCCUCCCUCCCUUCCCUCCCUCCCUCCCUUCUCCCUCCCUCCCUCCCUUUCUCCCUCCCUCCCUCCCUUUCUCCCUCCCUCCCUCCCUUUCUCCCUCCCUCCCUCCCUUUCUCCCUCCCUCCCUCCCUUUCUCCCUCCCUCCCUCCCUUUCUCCCUCCCUCCCUCCCUUCUCCUCCCUCCCUCCCUCCCUCCCUCCCUCCCUCCCUCCCUCCCUCCCUUUCUCCCUCCCUCCCUCCCUCCCUCCCUCCCUCCCUCCCUCCCUCCCUCCCUCCCUCCCUCCCUCCCUCCCUCCCUCCCUCCCUCCCUCCCUCCCUUUCUCCCUCCCUCCCUCCCUUUCUCCCUCCCUCCCUCCCUUUCUCCCUCCCUCCCUCCCUUUCUCCCUCCCUCCCUCCCUUUCUCCCUCCCUCCCUCCCUUUCUCCCUCCCUCCCUCCCUUUCUCCCUCCCUCCCUCCCUUUCUCCCUCCCUCCCUCCCUUUCUCCUCCCUCUCUCCCUUCCUCCCUCCCUCUCUCCCUCCCUCCCUCCCUCCUUCUCUCCCUCCCUCCCUCCCUCCCUUCUCCCUCCCUCCCUCCCUCCCUCCCUCCCUCCCUCCCUCCCUCCCUCCCUCCCUCCCUCCCUCCCUCCCUCCCUCCCUCCCUCCCUCCCUCCCUCCCUCCCUCCCUCCCUCCCUUUCUCCCUCCCUCCCUCCCUCCCUCCCUCCCUCCCUCCCUCCCUCCCUCCCUCCCUCCCUCCCUCCCUCCCUUUCUCCCUCCCUCCCUCCCUCCCUCCCUCCCUCCCUCCCUCCCUCCCUCCCUCCCUCCCUCCCUCCCUCCCUCCCUCCCUCCCUCCCUCCCUCCCUCCUCCCUUCUCCCUCCCUCCCUCCCUUUCUCCCUCCCUCCCUCCCUUUCUCCCUCCCUCCCUCCCUUUCUCCCUCCCUCCCUCCCUCCCUCCCUCCCUCCCUCCCUCCCUCCCUCCCUCCCUCCCUCCCUCCCUCCCUCCCUCCCUCCUCCCUCCCUCCCUCCCUCCCUUCUCCCUCCCUCCCUCCCUCCCUCCCUCCCUCCCUCCCUCCCUCCCUCCCUCCCUCCCUCCCUCCCUCCCUCCUCCCUCCCUCCCUCCCUCCCUCCCUCCCUCCCUCCCUCCCUCCCUCCCUCCCUCCCUCCCUCCCUCCCUCCCUCCCUCCCUCCCUCCCUCCCUUUCUCCCUCCCUCCCUCCCUUUCUCCCUCCCUCCCUCCCUUUCUCCCUCCCUCCUCCCUUUCUCCCUCCCUCCCUCCCUUUCUCCCUCCCUUUCUCCCUCCCUCCCUCCCUUUCUCCCUCCCUCCCUCCCUCCCUCCCUCCCUCCCUCCCUCCCUCCUUCUCUCCCUCCCUCCCUCCCUCCCUCCCUUUCUCCCUCCCUCCCUCCCUCCCUCCCUCCCUCCCUCCCUCCCUCCCUCCCUCCCUCCCUCCCUCCCUCCCUCCCUCCCUCCCUCCCUCCCUCCCUCCCUUCUCCCUCCCUCCCUCCCUCCCUCCCUCCCUCCCUCCCUCCCUCCCUCCCUCCCUCCCUCCCUCCCUCCCUCCCUCCCUCCCUUCUCCCUCCCUCCCUCCCUUUCUCCCUCCCUCCCUCCCUUUCUCCCUCCCUCCCUCCCUUUCUCCCUCCCUCCCUCCCUUUCUCCCUCCCUCCCUCCCUUUCUCCCUCCCUCCCUCCCUUUCUCCCUCCCUCCCUCCCUUUCUCCCUCCCUCCCUCCCUUCCUCCCUCCCUCCUUCUCCCUCCCUCCCUCCCUCCUUCUCUCCCUCCCUCCCUCCCUCCCUUCCCUCCCUCCUCCCUCCCUCCCUCCCUCCCUCCCUCCCUCCCUCCCUCCCUCCCUCCCUCCCUCCCUCCCUCCCUCCCUCCCUCCCUCCCUCCCUCCCUCCCUCCCUCCCUCCCUUUCUCCUCCCUCCCUCCCUUUCUCCCUCCCUCCCUCCCUUUCUCCCUCCCUCCCUCCCUUUCUCCCUCCCUCCCUCCCUUUCUCCCUCCCUCCCUCCCUUUCUCCCUCCCUCCCUCCCUUUCUCCCUCCCUCCCUCCCUUUCUCCCUCCCUCCCUCCCUUUCUCCCUCCCUCCCUCCCUUUCCUCCCUCCCUCCCUCCCUCCCUCCCUCCCUCCCUCCCUCCCUCCCUCCCUCCCUUCUCCCUCCCUCCCUCCCUCCCUCCCUCCCUCCCUCCCUCCCUCCCUCCCUCCCUCCCUCCCUCCCUCCCUCCCUCCCUCCCUCCCUCCCUCCCUUUCUCCCUCCCUCCCUCCCUUUCUCCCUCCUUCCCUCCCUUCUCCCUCCCUCCCUCCCUUUCUCCCUCCCUUUCUCCUCCCUCCCUCCCUUUCUCCCUCCCUCCCUCCCUCCCUCCCUUUCUCCCUCCCUCCCUCCCUUUCUCCUCCCUCCCUCCCUUCUCCUCCCUUCUCCUCCCUCCCUCCCUCCUUCUCUCCUCCCUCCCUCCCUCCCUUUCUCCUCCCUCCCUCCCUCCCUCCCUCCCUCCCUCCUCCUCCCUCCCUCCCUCCCUCCCUCCCUCCCUCCCUCCCUCCCUCCCUCCCUCCCUCCCUCCCUCCCUUCCCUCCCUCCCUCCCUUCUCCCUCCCUCCCUCCCUCCUCCCUCCCUCCCUCCCUCCCUCCCUCCCUCCCUCCCUCCCUCCCUCCCUCCCUCCCUCCCUUUCUCCCUCCCUCCCUCCCUCCCUCCCUCCCUCCCUCCCUCCCUCCCUCCUCCUCCCUCCCUCCCUCCUUUCUCCCUCCCUCCCUCCUCCCUCCCUCCCUCCCUCCUCCUCCCUCCCUCCCUCCCUUUCUCCCUCCCUCCCUCCCUUUCUCCCUCCCUCCCUCCCUUUCUCCCUCCCUCCCUCCCUUUCUCCCUCCCUCCUCCCUUCUCCCUCCCUCCUCCCUUCCCUCCUCCCUCCCUCCCUUUCUCUCCCUCCCUCCCUCCCUCCCUUCCUCCCUCCUCCCUCCCUCCCUCCCUCCUCCCUCCCUCCCUCCCUCCCUCCCUCCCUCCCUCCCUCCCUCCCUCCCUCCCUCCUCCCUCCCUCCCUCCCUCCCUCCCUCCCUUUCUCCCUCCCUCCCUCCCUUUCUCCCUCCCUCCUCCCUUUCUCCCUCCCUCCCUCCCUUUCUCCCUCCCUCCCUCCCUUUCUCCCUCCCUCCCUCCCUUUCUCCCUCCCUCCCUCCCUUUCUCCCUCCCUCCCUCCCUUUCUCCCUCCCUCCCUCCCUUCUCCCUCCCUCCCUCCCUUUCUCCUCCCUCCCUCCCUCCCUCCUUCUCUCCCUCCUUCCCUCCCUCCCUUUCUCCCUCCCUCCCUCCCUCCCUCCCUCCCUCCCUCCCUCCCUCCCUCCCUCCCUUUCUCCCUCCCUCCCUCCCUCCCUCCCUCCUCCCUCCCUCCCUCCCUCCCUCCCUCCCUCCCUCCCUCCCUCCCUCCCUCCCUCCCUUUCUCCCUCCCUCCCUCCCUUUCUCCCUCCCUCCCUCCCUUUCUCCCUCCCUCCCUCCCUUUCUCCCUCCCUCCCUCCCUUUCUCCCUCCCUCCCUCCCUUUCUCCCUCCCUCCCUCCCUUUCUCCCUCCCUCCCUCCCUUUCUCCCUCCCUCUCUCCCUCCCUCCCUCCCUCCUUCUCUCCCUCCCUCCCUCCCUCCCUUUCUCCCUCCCUCCCUCCCUCCCUCCCUCCCUCCCUCCCUCCCUCCCUCCCUCCCUCCCUCCCUCCCUCCCUCCCUCCCUCCCUCCCUCCCUCCCUCCCUCCCUCCCUUUCUCCCUCCCUCCCUCCCUCCCUCCCUCCCUCCCUCCUCCCUCCCUCCCUCCCUCCCUCCCUCCCUCCCUUUCUCCCUCCCUCCCUCCCCCCUCCCUCCCUCCCUCCCUCCCUCCCUCCCUCCCUCCCUCCCUCCCUCCUCCCUCCCUCCAUCCCUCCCUCCCUUCUCCCUCCCUCCCUCCCUUCUCCCUCCCUCCCUCCCUUUCUCCCUCCCUCCCUCCCUUUCUCCCUCCCUCCCUCCCUUUCUCCCUCCCUCCCUCCCUUUCUCCCUCCCUCCCUCCCUUUCUCCUCCCUCCCUCCCUUUCUCCCUCCCUCCCUCCCUCCCUUUCUCCUCCCUCCCUCCCUCCCUCCUCCCUCCCUCCCUCCCUCCCUCCCUCCCUUCCUCCCUCCCUCCCUCCCUCCCUCCCCUCCCUCCCUCCCUCCCUCCCUCCCUCCCUCCCUCCCUCCCUCCUCCCUCCCUCCCUCCCUCCCUCCCUCCCUCCCUCCCUUUCUCCCUCCCUCCCUCCCUUUCUCCCUCCCUCCCUCCCUUUCUCCCUCCCUCCCUCCCUUUCUCCCUCCCUCCCUCCCUUUCUCCCUCCCUCCCUCCCUUUCUCCCUCCUCCCUCCCUUUCUCCCUCCCUCCCUCCCUUUCUCCCUCCCUCUCUCCCUCCCUCCCUCCCUCCUUCUCUCCCUCCCUCCCUCCCUCCCUUUCUCCUCCCUCCCUCCCUCCCUCCCUCCCUCCCUCCCUCCCUCCUCCCUCCCUCCCUCCCUCCUCCCUCCCUUCUCCCUCCCUCCCUCCCUUUCUCCCUCCCUCCCUCCCUUUCUCCCUCCCUCCCUCCCUUUCUCCCUCCCUCCCUCCCUUUCUCCCUCCCUCCCUCCCUUUCUCCCUCCCUCCCUUUCUCCCUCCCUCCCUCCCUCCCUCCUCCCUCCUUCUCUCCCUCCCUCCCUCCCUCCCUCCUCUCUCCCUCCCUCCCUCCCUCUCUCCCUCCCUCCCUCCCUUUCUCCCUCCCUCCCUCCCUCCUCCCUCCCUCCCUCCCUCCCUUUCUCCCUCCCUCCCUCCCUCCCUCCCUCCCUCCCUCCCUCCCUCCCUCCCUCCCUCCCUCCCUCCCUCCCUCCCUCCCUUUCUCCCUCCCUCCCUCCCUCCCUCUCUCCCUCCCUCCCUCCCUCCCUCCCUCCCUCCCUCCCUCCCUCCCUCACUCCCUCCCUCCCUCCCUCCCUCCCUCCCUCCCUCCCUCCCAUCCCUCCCUCCCUCCCUCCCUCCCUCCCUCCCUCCCUCCCUCCCUCCCUCCCUCCCUCCCUCCCUCCCUCCCUCCCUCUCCCUUCCUUCUCCGCUCCCUCCUUCCCUCCUAUUUCUCCCCUUAUCCAUCCUCCCAUCUCCAUCCCUUCUUAAUUUUUCCCCUGUUUCUCAUUCAAUGCUGCUCCAGCCCCAUUCUUUCACAUAUGCUCUCACACACACACUCCUUUCAUCUCCUCUCUCACUCCCCUCUACCCACUGUUCUUGUCCUGCUCUCGCAUCUACCUGUCCCACAGUUGUGCACCCGCCCCACUCACUCCCCCCUAUCCCACCCCCCAAAAAUCUCCCAAACCCCCCUCCUCUAUCGCUCCAAUCAGGUGGUGCCAGCGCAUCUGCCCUGUGCAGGCCACGUGCCCAACCACGAAGCGCCACCUGUCAACCACUUUGCGUUUAAGAAACGAGGGGCAGAGGAUUCAGGCGCUGCAGCCAAAGAGACGGCCAAGAAAGAGAAGGAGAAGGCAGAGAGACAGAGAGAAGGAAAUGCGGGAGAGGAGGAGGAGGAGAGGGGGGAAGGGGAGGAGGAUGUUGAGUUGAGUCGUGAUGUUGUGAUUAGGACUGUGGCUGAUGCCGUGAAGGAAGCUUCUGGGAAGCGAGGUGCUGCGGCUAACUUGACUAACCCAGAGUUUGCAGUGGUGGUUGAGAUUGUUCCACUCGCACGGGGUCCUCCUUUCUGUGCCACGCCUUCCCACCGCGCGGCUCGCGCGGCCGCCUGGGCGGCAAGGGAUCGCAGCAGAGCGCGGCCACGUCAGCAGGGGGAAAGGCGGGUUUCUGCGGAGCGGGGGGACUGGGGCCAGGGACAUGGCCGAGAGCCGAUUGGCGGAAACUCCGCGGAGCUUCCCCGGGGGCUUUCCGCGGGUCACUCCGCUUCCGCUGCUUCGUCCAAAGGCGCAGUUGGCGCAGGUGACGCGGUUUCUCGUAGUUCCGCUCCAUUAGACGCGCAAGAGCAGGCUCGGGUCGAAGCUGAGGUUCGGCAGAUUGUCCACCACGCCGAGGCGAAGGCUCGACAGCAGCAGCAGCAGAAGCAAUUGGUGCCACGUCAGCUACUCCAGCUGGGACCGCGGGGUGGGAUUGGGCGGAGCGAACAGCGCCAUGCCACGUGGAUCUUCCCAGGCCACGGCACCGCGCCUCGGGCCAUUUUCCGCCAAAACGCCGCCGCACUUUCCCACGGAUUGCGCAACGGACUGCAGCAGCGCUUCCGCCAGCUUUCCCCUUUCCCCCUCGCGACCCGCUUCCGCGACCCGUUCGAAGCGCUGAAGCGCAGCGUUCUCGAGGCGCCGUCAGAGGCGCAAAAGGCGGUGCGAGCCGCCGUGAAACGCGGGGAAGAGAGGGUCAACUCGGCGCGCUUAGGAGCCGUGAUGGUGGUGCUCGGGCUGUGGGAGGUGGCUCGGAACAAGGUGGCGCAGGCUCGGCAGCGGCACCAGGUUCGGAGCCAGGUUCGGGUGUGGGGCCAGAGGCUCGGCAGGGAGGCGCCAGUUGCGGCGAAAUGGGCGAUGACGAGCGGAUGGGGGGAAACGGGGGACGCGCGAGGGGGCGGAGAGGGGGGAGCGGGGGAAGGGAUGGGGGAACGAGUUUCGGGAGGGGGAGGCGAGUCUUUCUGGGGAGGUAACGGCGAGGCAUUAGGUAGACCUACCCCAGAUAUACCUUCCCCUGACGCGUUUGGCCUUGGCAUUGUAAGGGGGCUCUUGGGAAGUGGUGUUUUGGGAUGGCCACGGCAGCGAGAUGAAGCAGCGUAUAGCGUGGAAGCUUAUAAAGAGGAUGGGGCCUGGCAGCAGCGGGAGGCGAUACUCCUGGGCCAGUCUCAGGCGCUAUGGCGUCAGGUGGCGUCUCUGUUGAACCCACCUGGCUCUGUUGCAGAAACACCUGAGCGGCUGGAUCCCAUGGCACCUGAAGCUCCCUCCGUUAUUGAUCCCCAUUCCCAGAGGAAGGGGAAUAUGAGCGCGGGCGCGCCCCACGUGCAGGUGCAUUCCCCCCUCCGCCACUCCCCCGCCCUUCCCCCCAGCUCCCCCCAUCCUCCCCUUCCCCCCCAACCCCCCCGCGCCCUGCUUGACCCCUGGGCGGCGCUGCAAAUCGCGGAGGAACAGUUCGGAGCGCAGCUCGACUCGUGUGGCGAUCUGAGAAUCAAGGUGGCCGCUACAGGACAAGACCUGCUCUCUGGGCGGCUGGCUGGCGUGUCGGUGUCGGCCCGGGCGGCCGAGUACAAGGGUUUGUCCGUUUCUGAUGUGGAUAUGGCUGCUUCCUCCGUCCGCUUUGGCAAGAAUUGGGGACUCGCUCCCAAUUUCACCGACUCACACUUCCCAGUGCGCGCCUUUCUAUCCAUGAGCCCUGACGACUUCAACAGGAGGACCCUUUUUUCUUCCUGCCCCUCUAAUCUUUCUUUCGAUUGGUCGGCUACCAGCCAAUCCGGGCCCUUUAAGCCACUUCUGCUCCUCAUUCUCCAAGCUUUGACGCCCACUCUCCCCCUCCCUCCCCCAUUUCCUCCUUACCCCAGCCCAAACCCUCCCCACUUGCCGUCUCAAAGCCCUCUACCCCUCCCCCGCCCCUCACUCUCACUUCCCCAUCUCAUCUCACUCCAUCCUCCCCCUUCUCUCCCCUCACUCCCCUUAUCCCCAUCCCCUCCCCUCUUUCCCCCAUCCCCCUUCCCCCCUCUCUCUUCCCUUUCCCCCCAUGCAGCUGAGGAGCCCUCUCCUCUUCCCCCUCCGCUCACUCCCACUCCCCCAUCACAAUCCAUCUUCCCCCCCCUAAGGAGCCCUCUCCUCUUCCCUCUUCUCCGCUCUGUCUUCUCAUUGGACGACCGCCAGCCAAUCCCAGCCCUCCACGUGUCACUUGGUGACGGAUUCUUGGAGUUCGUAGCAGCCAAUCAGGAUCCAAGAUUUGGCCAGAAUCAGAAUCUGAUCUCCAGUCUGCCGCUCAAUAGCGCCAAUAGCAAAUCUGCCCUUCCCCCAUACCCUCCCUCCCCUUCCUCCUCUCACUCCCCCUCUCUUCCCCUCAAACCCCCACACUCCACUACCCUUUCCUCCUCUUCAAACCCUAACCUUCUAAACCCUCUUAGAACCUCGUAUGCACACUCCCUCAACUCUCCCCACGCUCCCCCUUCCCCCCACUUUCCCUCCGCCUAUAGCCGCACUCCCCGUUUCACCCCCUCCCCCCGCUUUACCCCCUCCCCCCGAUUCACCCCUCGAUUCACCCCCACAGCUCGCCUCAGUUCCCCCCACUCCUCCUCCCACCACCACUCCCCCUACUACUCCCCCCAAUUCUCCUCCCCCCGCCUAUCCGUCCGCUAUUCCUCCCCUUUCACCUCCUCCCCCACUUCCUCCUUCCAACCCUCCCUAGACCUCCCUCUCCUCCCCAUUCCCCCUCUGCUGCCCAACCCACUGUCACUGUUGAGAUUCUCUGCCGCCCAGAUCAGAUUCCCUCAGCCUGUGCUGGAUACUGUCGGGCGGCUGCAGCUCCUGAAGCUGCCCUUUCUGUUCCCUUCCCACUCCUCUCAAACCUCGGACACUACACCAUCCUCCACCCGUCCCUCACCCUCGCUUCCUCACUCUCCCUCACUCUCCUCCUCUCCCUCCUCCUCUCCCUCCUCUUCCCCUCUCUCCUCCUCCUCCUCCCCCCCUCCCUCCCCUCGCUCCUCUCGCCUCUCUUCCUCUCUAGCCCGCCGCCUCCGUCCCCUCCGCAUCCCCCACCCCAACAACCCAGUUGCAAACCCUCCCACCGCUCACAACCACACUCUGCAAACUUCUGCGGAAUCUCCUGCUGCUGCUACACCAGCAGCGUUAUCCCCCUACGCCUGGAAGGCCCCUGGCACGCUGUUCUUUGCUAGCUCACGUUUGCUGGGAGCUGCAUCGCGGGAAGCCUUGGGAACUCCGGCCGGUGUGGCGCUGGAUGCUGAAACUUCAGAGAACAGUACACUCGCGUCUCUACAGUCCAAUAAUUCGUUAUCAUCAAGCUCGGAUGCGAUUCUUCCAGAUGCGAGUUUAUCCGGACGAGGGGCUGGUGCGGAUGUGACUAUAGGGGAGGGCGGUAUAGGAGAAGUGGCAGAAGAGGAGUCGUCAUAUGGGGGUCCUUUGCCUGUUGCAGUGCGCCUUGCAGUUAGUGAGGACGGUCGACGACUCUCUGUAAGCAAAUUCGACUCAGCCGGCUCAUUGGACGCCGCAACGGGAUUUUAUCUCCCCCACCCCGCGCUCGCCGUCCCCGCGGCUGUAGCAGACCUUGCCGCGGGCGUUGCUUCCGCGGGAGUAACUCCCUCCGGUACAGGCGCCGCCGCGGGGCUCCUGACGCAGCCAGGUGGCGAGUUCUCGUGGUUCCACGUGGAGAUCCCGCGAUCCUGCCCGUCGCUCUCCGCCGCGGCUCGCCAGCUCAUCACGCAUCUGCACCCUCCGCUGCAGCUGCAGGAGAUCACGACGCUUCUAUCCAACGGUCCAUAUUGCGGCACGCUCGGCGGCGCGCUGUUCGUGCGGAUCAAUUCCCCAGGACCCAUGGACAGCCCGUACACUUUUAAGAUCGCGGCGCGGAUCACGCCGUUUGGAAUAGUAAGCGUCGCGUUGGGGCCAGUGCCGCGUUUAGAGCUGCAAAGAGAGCCAGGAGGACUGUUAGGGUCGGAGGUUGGAGUAGGGUUGGCGGGGCUGGUGGCUAGGUUGCGCGACGAUGCUGCCUCGGCUGGAGGGGUGAGCAGUGUGGGUUCCAGUGGUGCUGCUGCCGCUGGCGCUGCCGCUGGUGCUGCUGCUGGUGUUGCCGCCGGUGCUGCUGCUGGUGCCGCCGUUGGUGCUGCUGGUUUUGGCAGUAGUCUUGGUGGCACGGACAGAGGGACAGACGGAGCUACUGUUUUGAGGAGACGGUCGCCGAAUGCGUCAUUCCGGGCUAUUAACGAGGGCGAAGCAGAAACCGCUGCGCUUUCCGUUCUCGUUAAAGGUACCAGCGCUACAGUCACGCCCAUUACCAGCACGCCUGGCAGCCCAUCCGACACACCCCGACCUCUCAAAAUCAGCGUAGGGGCAGGAUCAUCCUCGUUAGAGGCUUCCGCGAUAGCAGCAGCAGUGGCAGACGGGAUGGGGACUACAGGAACUAGUGGAGCAGGAGGAGCAACGGUAAGAAUUGAGACUGCAGCCGCUUCUUUCAGACAGCCACACUCGGAGAUAGAAGAGUGCGUGACAAUAGAGGGGGGUUCGCUUUCCUCUGGCAUUAUAGAGGGGGGUUUGCCUGUCUCCGGUGCAGGCGUGAGUUAUGUGAAAAGCGAGGGCAAUUUGGACCGAAGGGGGCUGUUGCAGGGGCUGGGCAGCAGAAGCUUCGGAUUGGGCAGUAGAGGCUAUUCUAGUGAUGCUGGUGGGGGAGGAGUCAGAUGGGGGGCUAGUGCAGGUUUUUCUGGUGCAGGCGCGUCUGGGGUGGGUUCUGCUGGGGGAGGUGCAUCUGGGGACGCGGGUGGGGUUGGGGGGAAGCGGAGUGGCGGGGUUUUGGCGCGAGUGGGGAAGGUUUUGGAGGCGAUGACGCCGCGGAGGAGGGAGGUGCGGGAGGAGCAGGCGGAGGCGCACACGACCAUCGAUGUUGAUGAUGCGGUGAGUGCCCCUUGCAGUGCAUGUGGUUGUGCCUUACUAUUUCGGAAGGGUGUUGAGAGCGGUGACGGGAUGAGGGAGGAGCAGGCGGAGGCGCACACGACCAUCGAUGUUGACGAUGCGGUGAGUGCCUUGUGCUAUGCGGAGUAUGUUGUGUGGCAGCGCGUGUUGAUCUUUCACGUGGGGAAAGAGCUAGAGGAGCUGCUGCGAAAGGGCCACCCGGAGAAUGCGGAGUGCUUGAUUCCAGUGACGGUGUUUGGGCUGCUGCGGUGUGAGCUAGAGGAGCUGCUGCGAAAGAGCCACCCGGAGAACUACGUUGGCAGAUACGCCUUGGGCAGGGUUGCGUACCACGUAUAUACGCUUGCGUAUGAGUUGGAAGAGCUCCUGAGGAAAAGCCACCCGGAGAAUGCUGAAUGCCUGAUCCCAGUGACAGUGUUUGGGCUGCUGCAACACAUUGUGGAGACGCACAUGGAGCACCUGGAGGAUGUGGUGGUGGAGGUGGAAUGCAUGCUGGACCAGCAUGAAAGAGACCUGGAUGAAGGAUCUGAUCACCGUCUCCGGUUACUGAAAGACAGAACCUUCCCCAAGCUCCACCUGGACUUGCAGAGAGUGCUGCAGUCGCUGGCUCACGGGGAGGUGGUGCUGCCGAAGCUGAAGGACAGGCUCGUGGCUCGGCACUGGUGCGCCGGACCUGUAGCUUCGGCGGUGCUGGAUGGGGCAAUGGCUCGGCUGAGGAGAGGCAAGGAGAACGUGGGGUUCCUGACAGCGAGAAUCACGGCGCUACAGACGGGGCUGGACCAGUGGCAGUCGGAGCAGAUCAACAAGAAGCUUUACUACAUCUCCUUCCUCUCCAUCGUCUUUCUGCCGCUCUCUAUCAUCACCGGAGUGCCGCUGCUCACUGUAAGAUAUCCGGAGGUGGGGUGA